AUGUCGGUUUGGUCGGCUAGUACUAUCGGCAAUAAUCAUCACUACGGGCAUUCGAACAGUCGUUACAGUCAAUCCAAUAGCUGGUGUCCGAAUCCGUCUAAGCACAACUGCGUGAUGUCAGGUGAUACGCCAAUACAGUCUGGAGACGCGUUGCACACACCCGCCUACCUGUCAUGGCGGAAGCUUCAACUCAGUCGUGCCAAAUUAAAGGCCUCCAGUAAAACUUCCGCUCUACUCUCUGGCUUCGCUAUGGUAGCAAUGGUCGAAGUGCAACUGAAUCCACCAAAUCAGACCAAAGUGCCGCCGGCCAUGCUCGUCGCUUUCACAGUUUGUACCACACUAUUAGUUGCUGUACACAUGUUGGCACUCAUGAUCAGUACUUGUAUAUUACCUAACAUAGAAGCUGUAGGAAAUCUCCACAGUAUAUCACUGGUCCAUGAAUCUCCACACGAAAGACUGCACUGGUAUAUAGAGAUAGCUUGGGCCUUCUCCACUCUGUUAGGUCUCAUCUUAUUCCUCGUUGAAAUAGCUAUAUUGUGCUGGGUCAAGUUCUACGAUCUAAGCGAAACUGCCGCCUGGUCGGCCUGUGUUGUUUUAAUACCGGUUAUGAUAAUAUUUCUAGCGUUCGCCAUACAUUUUUAUAUGUCUCUGGCGACGCAUAAAUACGAAGUGACCGUCACGGGUAUUAAGGAGUUAGAGUUGCUCAAAGAACAAAUAGAAAUGGGCGAUCACGAUUCACGUAUGAAUAAUCUUACGCUUUUAGACCAGAGGGUGGUA